UUCAGUAACAGCCGUCAAAUGGAGAGUCUUACACUCGGGAACCUGACCUCAUAUAAAACCAUGGAUGAGAUGGAAGAAGAGCUGAAAUGCCCUGUAUGUGGGUCUUUUUUCCGGGAGCCUAUAAUUCUGCCGUGCUCUCACAACAUUUGCCUUGCUUGUGCGCGGAAUAUCCUAGUGCAAACUCCUGAUGCCGAGUCACCACAGAGCAGCCGGGCAUCGGGCUCCGGUGUGUCCGACUAUGACUACCUGGACCUGGACAAGAUGAGCCUAUACAGUGAAGCUGACAGCGGCUAUGGUUCGUAUGGGGGCUUCGUCAGUGCGCCGACCACCCCUUGCCAAAAAUCCCCGAACGGGGUGCGGGUGUUUCCCCCUGCCGUUCCCCCACAACCUCAACAACAACACUUGCUCCCGUUCCCCGGAGGACUGCCUCCGAUCCCCCGCAACUCCUGUAUCACCUGCCCGCAGUGCCACCGCAGCCUUAUUCUAGAUGACCGGGGACUUCGCGGCUUCCCCAAGAACCGGGUCCUGGAAGGGGUGGUCGACCGGUACCAACAGAGCAAAGCGGCGGCGCUUAAAUGUCAGUUAUGCGAGAAGAGCCCCAGGGAAGCUACGGUGAUGUGCGAGCAGUGUGAUGUCUUCUACUGCGACCCGUGCCGGCUGCGGUGUCACCCACCUCGGGGUCCGCUGGCCAAGCACCGUCUGGUGCCCCCAGCUCAGGGCCGCAUCAGCCGCCGGACGAGUCCGCGAAAGAUAUCCACCUGCACGGAACAUGAGUUGGAAAAUCUCAGCAUGUACUGUGUCCAGUGCAAGACGCCCGUGUGCUACCAGUGCCUGGAGGAAGGCAAACACUCGACGCACGAAGUCAAAGCUCUCGGGGCGAUGUGGAAAUUGCACAAGGGCCAGCUGUCUCAGGCUCUCAACGGGCUGUCUGACCGUGCCACUGAGGCCAAAGAGUUCCUGGUGCAGCUCAGAAACAUGGUGCAGCAUAUCCAGGAGAACGGUGUGGAGUUUGAGGCGUGUUUGGUGGCCCAGUGUGACGCUCUGAUCGAUGCGCUGAAUCGCCGCAAAGCCCAGCUGCUGUCACGCGUCAACAAAGAGCACGAGCACAAGCUCAAGGUGGUGAGGGACCAGAUCUCCCACUGCACAGUGAAGUUGAGGCAGACCACAGGCCUGAUGGAGUACUGCCUAGAGGUCAUCAAAGAAAACGACCCCAGCGGAUUCCUGCAGAUCUCGGACGCUCUCAUCAGGAGAGUGCACAUGACGGAGGGUCAGUGGGGAAAGGGUACACUGACCCCGCGGAUGACCAGCGACUUUGACCUGACGCUCGACAGCGGGCCACUGCUGCAGUCCAUACACCAGCUGGACUUUGUGCAGAUGAAAGUGCCGGCCGCUCCAAUCCUUCAGCUGGAGGAGUGCUGCACUCAAAACAAUAGCGCUACGUUGUCGUGGAAACAGCCCCCUCUCUCAACCAUUGCAGUGGACGGAUACAUCCUGGAGCUAGAUGAUGGAAACGGGGGUGUAUUUAGGGAGGUGUAUGUGGGCUCAGAGACCAUCUGCACUGUGGAUGGCCUUCACUUCAACAGCACGUAUAAGUCCCGUGUCAAAGCCUUCAACGGGAGCGGUGUCGGCCAAUACAGCAAGACCCUCGUCAUGCAGACCUCUGAAACCGGACUCCCCCCAUGCGAUAUUAACUCACUUGCUGCAGUCGCCUGGUUUGUUUUUGACCCUGCGUCGGCCCACCCGGACAUCCUCCUGUCCAACGACAACCUGACAGUGACAUGCAACAGCUACGACGACCGGGUCGUCAUGGGCAACACGGCCUUCUCGCGCGGCGUACACUACUGGGAGAUCACCAUCGAUCGCUAUGACAACCAUCCGGACCCGGCGUUCGGCAUCGCCCGCGGCGACGUGCUGAAAGACGUGAUGCUGGGGAAGGACGACAAGGCCUGGGCCAUGUAUGUGGACAACAACCGCUCCUGGUUCAUGCACAACAACUCACACACCAACAGGACGGAUGGAGGGAUAGGCAAAGGGGCCACGGUGGGGGUGCUGUUGGAUUUCACGCGAGGGAUUCUCAUCUUCCUCAUCAACGAUGAGCAGCAGGGUCCCGUGGCCUUCGAGGGGAUGGAGGGGCUCUACUACCCAGCCAUCAGCCUCAACCGCAACGUGCAGGUGACUCUGCACACUGGGCUACCCAUUCCAGACUUCUAUACGCCUGGAGAGCCUGACCCCAACGGCUCCGUCUGUUAGAGCCUCUGUGGCACCAUCUCACCCCCACCUCCCUGCACCUCCGUCGGGCCUCCUCAAUACACACGCCCCUGGCACCCUCCACCCUUUGUGAGUGCGGUGAAGCACACUGAAGCCCUCUCCUCUCUCAUCUCUCAGCUGGACUGCAUCUCAUCAGAGACUCAUGGAUCGAGGACAGACAGAGAGGGAUGUUUUUGAAAAAAUGGAAACAACAUAUGUUUACCCUGCAAACAGCUUUUGUGUGUGUGUGUGUGUGUGUGUGUGUGUGUGUGUGUGUGUGUGUGUGUGUGUGCGCGUGUGUGUGUGUGUUUGUGUGCCUGCCAUCAUCAACAUUUACUGAACAGACAGAUAAGAGAGUGUGCAAGAAAGUUACGGCACUUCCCCAUCCUUGUUGUAAUGCGUUGUGUCAUGAGCACAAGUUCUGCUUGGGCUAUUCCAUUAGCCUACUGCAUUACUAGCAAAUUAGCAUAGAGUGACCACUAGGGGAAAUAAUACAGCACGUUAGGUGAAUUGGCCGCAAUAACUCUAGAUGGUCUCUGUGCUUUGCUUUGCUCUGCUUGGCUUUGCUUUUGAUGGUGUAGCAGCGUCUCUUCUGUCCUUCUUGCCCUUAUGUUCGUCUCUUGUUACGAGUGACCACCACACAACCAAAACUGACUCAGGGUCAGUUGCUAAGAGCGACGAGAAGGAAGUGGAGAACUGUUAUUGGUGUGAAAGUGUGCUUUCCAACAGUGAAAGGGAGGCUGUGUGUGUGUGGUUUGCAUCUGUGUACGUCUCUACUGUCUGAAUGUUGGGUGUGUAUUCCGUGCUACAAGUCUGUGCCCUUGGGAUUUCAACAAUAACAGAUUAUUUUAUAGCCAUCCAGGGACAAGUCCCUGAAUAUUAUUAAUAGUACUUACGUUUCUCCAGAGCAUUUAUUCCAAUUAUUCCUAUUAUAUUGAUUAAUAUUAUUAUAAUGGUUCUUAAUCGUUAGUGUCACGUUGGCACAUGUCUCAUGUGGUGCUCAUGGUGUCAUGCUUUAUACCGAAUUCCUCCGUUGGUGCCAUGGGUAACCAUGGGUGUCUCUUGGUUACGGUGCGUAACCGCGGGUGACCCAGUCCUACGUUUUUUUUAUACUCGUCCUCUUGAAAUACCCCUCUGUAAAUUACCUAUAUGAUUCAUAGCAGUGUGGAGAUACAGUAUGCAGUAUGAGUCAGUGAUGUUUAAAGUGCUUGUUAUGGCCUUCACAGCUCUCUGUUUUGUACAAGAACACAAGAAAGCAAUGCCCUUCUCUGUUGAUGUAGAUUUCUAUCCCUCAAAUGUGGGAAUCCCUUCAAAUGUGAUUAUAACAGACCCAACACAUUCCUUACCCUACAUGUACUGGAUGGUAUUGAACAUAACAUACUGUAUAUGAGUUUACACAUACCCAGUAAGCAUCCUUUCCAAAGAAAGGCUUAAGUGGUGUCGCAAACUGUUAUUUGCUCCCGUUCUCGACACUCAAGUACUCGAGUGAAGUUUAACUUACUUUACAUCUGUGGGCUGCUCAACUAUAAGGUGCUAUCCACACACACACACAUACACCACCUCGUGUGCCUCUUCACAGCGAGUACUUUACGUGAACAGUUGAGGAAAGCAUGCUGUGAUGGCAUAAGUGUGGAUCGAGAGUUGUAUUCCCUUUCAGAACUAUGUCUGUGAUUUUGAUAUCACAAUGUAAAGCUGAAUGAUCACAACUGAGAUGUCUUAGUGGCAUCAAAUGGGAGGAAUGUUUAGCCAUUUUUAUGUCAUUUGAUCCCACUUUGUAGUCCCAAAUAUAGCUUCAACACAAAACUCCUCAAAGAGAAUUCUGAGUAGCUUGAGACUCCUUUCUGUCAUCUAUGUGGUUCGGAUCGUUUGAACUGAGCUAGUAAGCACUUGCUACCCUCACACAUGACUGAGCUAUGGCCUGGUUUCAUAACAUUGAGGCUUCUGAAUUGGAAUGAGAAGGAACCCCAUCACUCACCCCUACCCCAGACCAAACUCAAUUAGGGCAUCCCAGACAAAGAGCUCUGUUUAUAAUUCAGGGCACACUAGCCAGUGUACACGGGUGUUAUUUUACCAACACACAAUCUGGUGUGGACUAUGGACACAGAAUAGUUCUACUAGCUCAUCACUACACCUCAACUGCAGGCCUCCUCCAUAAUGUCUUGGUGUGGAUCCUCUAUGGGAUCUGUGUUCUAUUCCUGUUACAUGACAUUAAACUCGCCUUGAGACUGCUGCCUCCAAAAUUCUUAAAUCUGAGCCGCCAAAAUGCAAAGCUUUCUGUAGGCUAUAGAAGACUACCUGUUUAAUUUCAAGCAUAGAUGUCUGCAAAGCAAAUAUUCUUAUAAAACAGGUAUAAGGCAGUAUUGUGGUAUUUAAUACUAAAGAUAACACAGUCUAAUGAAGUAUUACACUGUGCAGCUGCUAGAUUUGAAAUGAGAAAAUAAAUUAACAAUAUGUGUGUGAUUUACCACAGGAGAACAAUGACUCUGCUCUGGGUGUUUCAUUUGCCAAGUGCACAAAAUGUACAAUUACACAGAGUCUAUUUUGUGAUGUCAGCUCAAGUAUGAGUGUAUUUACGCUGAAGCAAAACAAUGGAAGAACACCUAUGGUUGUAAUUGUAUAGUUGGCCGCUCGAUAUGACAUGGGUCACAGACGGAGGAAUGACAGUUGCUGAGUAAUCCAAAACAUGGUCUCUCAGCUCGAAAGCCAUGCUACUGGAUGCUAUGUGCUCCUGCUGUCUAGCGAAUGAUGUACAGUACAGUAGAGUAUAGAGAUGUUUGGUUGCUGUCGUCAACUGUUUUAUUUAUGAAUUUACUAAAGUGAACGUAAAGAAUGACAUAUUGUUAUGUGGUUUAUUAUUAUUAUUCUGAUCAUUAUUAUUACUAUUAUUAUUAUUAUUAUUAUUAUUAUUAUUAUUCGAUGUUUGUAUUAUAAACUGUAUCAAGCACUUGGUGUUUUCUGUAACUGCAACUAGGCUACUCAAUAAAAUAAAGUCUGUGUUAUC